AAGAAGCAAACCGCGCAUUCGUCUGUUGUGUAUGUUGUGCAUCGCUGCCCGUACGCAAUCGAAGGAAAAAAUUGACAUUCCCAUCAUCCCGUUGCAGUCCUGCCAUUACCCGUGCGCGUGCAGGUGUGUUUGUGGAUCGUUCUGUGUGUGUAUGUGCGCGAGCUGUUUGUUGGCCCGUCCAGGUGUUGGUGUUCUGUUUGUGCCCAGGAUAACGUAAGGGUGAUACGGCCAAAAGUCCUUCCGCGCUCGGUAGCAAAAGUUCCAACGAUAGUGGCAAAGUGGUACGGCUAAUGUUUCUUUCCCAACCAGCGUCCACGUAUUGGUCGAUAUCGAUAAAAUAAUUUCGGAUUCGUAUGACAUCACAACGGCUGUGCCUUUGGUGGUGGUAGUACUUGUUGUUGUUGUUGCUCCGCAAACAGCGACCGAACGCAUCGGAUUUCGAUUGCAACGGUCGUCGCAUCGUGGGCAAUCGCGGCCGUAUCGUCAUCAUCAGUCUCAUCAAUGUAAUCUGCGUUUCUAUCGGCAAUGCUUCGAUAAUUGUAUCACCCAACGGUUUUUAGAUAUUGGCGACUGUUACUUGUGCUAACAAACGGCACACGGUUAGUUUUUGUUUUGGUUUGCACCGAUUGCUCAACCAAGCAACCUUGGCGCUGCACCCAACGAUGCUAUGGUGUUGUGUGCCUUGCGGAAUCGAAGCGUUCGUACCGUGCGGCAGUGUGUGAGUGUGGUGGGGUGUUUUAAAAUUGCGUCAACGAAGUCAAACGCCCGCGAUUACCCUCCGGCCACGCAUCCUUGACAACGCCGUUCCGUGGUUCCGUUUUGUUGACGACCAGAGGGUGAGCUUCGUCGAUGUUGAUGUGCGUGUACAAGGUGUGAAUGAAGUGGCCACCACGACGAGAACCCCGCGAGAGAACGACGCCGCGAAAUGAGUGCAAUCAAUAAUACCAGCAGUACCAGCGGUGGUGCCAACAACAACAACAAUGCCAGCAGCCGGCACCAGAAGCUGGAACAGCAGCGACAACUAAUGGAGGCUUACAUACGGCAGAAGCGAGCAACACCGGGUAUGGUACAGGCGAGUGAUCUUCAGCUCGUUCGGCCAAUGUCGGGCAUCAAUCGGAAUGGGCGUGAGGUGCACGCGUACGACGGACCGAUGCAGUUCAUGAUGUCGCCAAACAAUCCGGAUCAGAUUAUGCCCACCUCACCCGUAGGUCCGAUGCCAUCGGCAGCAGUUGGAACGACCGGUCCCAAUAUCACGGCGGCAUCGAUCACGACCACCCCAACUUCACCUUAUAGCGACUCACCGAUGGAGAAACUAACACCCUCGUCACAGGACAGUGAAGACGAAGAAAGCACACCGGUCGACGUACUGCCACUGUCCACCUCAACAAAAUCACCCGCCAACGGUGGUAGCGGUGGUGCCAUCCUUUACGACCGUUCAAUGGCCGACCAGCUGCUUUCCCAUUCGGCACCCAUAUCACCUGCGCUCAACAACAACAAUCAUCAUCACACCAACAGCAGCAGUGGCAAUGUAAAGUCCAGCGAAGGUUCCGCAACGCCUCCCAGUGGUGGUGGUGGCGGUGCGCCCGACACGGAGGGUGAUGUCAUCGGUCCGAUCGAGCAGUGGGUCACACAACCAGCCGCCCAGGGCGUCCUGUACAAAUGUCGAAUUACGCGCGACCGAAAAGGCAUGGACCGGGGCCUAUUCCCCAUCUACUAUUUGCACCUCGAGCGAGACUACGGCAAGAAGGUGUUCUGUCUAGCGGGCCGCAAGCGGAAGAAAAGUAAAACGUCCAACUACAUCAUCAGCUGUGAUCCGACGGACCUCUCCCGGCAGGCGGACGGUUUCGUGGGGAAACUGCGCUCGAACGUGUUCGGUACAACAUUCUUCGUGUACGACAGUGGCACCAAGAACGAUGCGGUCGCACCCCGCCUCGAUCUGGCCGUCGUAAUCUAUGACACCAACAUACUGGGAUUUAAAGGACCGCGCAACAUGACGGUGCUGCUGCCCGGGAUGACUGAGGACGAUCAGCGGGUGCAGAUAUGCUCGGUCGAUAGCCAGCAGGGUCUGCUUGAUUGUUGGAAAUCGAAGAACAUGGACAAUGUCGUUGAACUGCACAACAAGACGCCCAUCUGGAACGAUGAAACGCAAUCGUAUGUGCUAAAUUUUCACGGUCGCGUCACGCAAGCAUCGGUCAAGAACUUUCAGCUGGUGCACGAUUCCGAUCCAGAGUACAUCGUGAUGCAGUUCGGGCGAACGGCAGAUGACAUCUUUACCAUGGACUUUCGGUAUCCGCUGUGCGCGUUCCAGGCGUUCGCCAUCGCACUGUCCAGCUUCGACGGGAAGCUGGCCUGCGAGUAGCAGCGGCGCGAUGAUGAGCAAGAAUGGAAAGCUGCACCAUACCGCUGGCUGCAACCAUACUGCCAACAGAUGGAUAUACUCAACCGAUGGUGGUGAGAAACCGAGAGGAAUUGAGAAACCGUUCCUGGAGUGGAGCACUAGCUGUUACGGGAAUUGGAAUUGCUAGAAUGCAUUAGACGUUAAGUUAUUUUGUUGCGAACAGUGCUAUUUAUUAUGGGUAGGGUAUAUUAAUGGGUUAGCGAACGCAUUUGGAUUUUAAAGCGGGGUUCAAUGCUUUGGUACAAGCAAACCACUCAAACCCCACAAAAAUCACUAAAUGUUGUAGAUAAUUAUUGUGGGGUUGACACCGAUUCCAACUAAUCGACAAUAUGGUAAUGUUUUAAAGUGUGUAAUUAAGGGCCCCAGAACGUGUAAAGAGCGUUGUUUUGCGUAAUGCUGCAAACAGUUUGAAUUGUUUUGGAACGUACGACCAGCGUACGUAUACAACCCAGCUAAGAUGUUGUGCAGCAAUUGGAUUGGCCUAAACAUAUUUUACCGCGCAUUGUGUACGGUGGAUUGGCAAAUGCUACUCGAAUCAAACAUUUAAAGCUACAAAACACGUUGGAUUGCACCGAACGGUGCUAGAAUACUGCAUAGUUCAGUCAAACAUUGCCUAAAUGUUGCCACACAACAAGGUGGUUAGAAAGUUGAACAAACAAUAUAAAAUACAAAACAGUGGUAAAUGGUUGUGUCAUAAUCAAAAACAAAACACUUACAUACAUUUAACAAUGUUAGCUCAGUUAGCAAAUAAGCAUCCAGUGGUAGCAUCAUGCUAAAGUGAAACUGUUAACAGUUAAGGGUGUUGAGGGAUCGGAUGGUAUGGGUUUUUUUUUCAUUUAUUGGUAAUUGUAAGCUUUUCGAUUCAACCGUUUUCGGACAUCUUGAAGAAAAGGGAAAAAAGACAAACGAGAGAGAGACAACCGUUAGCGGAAAGAGGUAGAACAAAGCUGCAACUUCUUAAAGAUAACCCUCAAAGGGUUUGUGAGAGAAAAAAAAGAAAUAAUCAACAGAACAAUUAGCCAGCAAAAAUUUAAAAGCAACAAACAAACAAAAAACGCGCUUUUGAUAAAUGUAGUGUACAUUUUAGCGCCUCUUUUUUGCGUUCAGAAGAAUAGAAACCACCGGAUAAAGAGUUUGAUUUAGCUAUAUUAAGUAAUUCGAAUAAUUUCUUUGUUUACUGGAUUGAUGAAUUUAAAUUACAACUCACGGCAAAAAUUGAAAUAUUCCUGUGUGAUAAACAUUAAAAGUGGGGCCUGGAAUACACAUGGAACUAGGGCGAAUAACACACCACGGAAAAAAAGGAUUGAUACAAAAGACUAUCGGAACAUGAAACAUUUGGAAGAUGUUACUUAAUUUACAAAUGGCGCAUAAAAUAUGCGAAAAUUAUUGACUGUAAUAGAAAAAGCACUAGAAAAGCUUUUCUUUGCCUUAAUGUUGCGCCUGUCUGCAAAUGAAAGUUUCCGCCCUUAUUUGCACUAUCGCUGCACUAUCGUUCUGCUGAUAACUAGCUUUAAGAUUAUGUUUCACAUAUGAGGGCAUAUCCGAGUCUUUACAAGAGUGCAUUUGCAAAUUGUGUUAUUGUGAAAAACCGAAAAAAAAUUGCAUCAGGUUCUGAUGGCGAUCCUUUCACACACACACAUUUAAAUUUAAUGUACACCCAGCAAUGAAUGACUUUUUUUAAACAGUGCGUUGAUUUUGAGUGCGUGAAGUGUGUUCAGAUGGUGUAGGGGUUUUUUGCUACUAAACAACAUUAGGGUGUACGUAUGUUAAGUUAAAUUUUAUGAAGUGUCACCCCCCACCAAAUGGUAAACAAAACUAAGUAUUACAUUCUUAUUGCAGCAUGGUGGCAAACAAAACGCAUAAUCGAUAUUGCUAUACUAAGUUGGAUGCUAAGGGCACUAUAUUUAGUUCAGUGGUAUAGGAUUAAUAUUUAAUUUGCGUAAUAGAUUUCUGGUACAAACUGCUUUUUAAUUUUCCACAAAUUUUUGGUUGAAGUUAAGAAGUUGGAAAAUGAAAUUCAAAAGGAAGAAAAUAGUGGAAGAAAACAGAACUAAUGCAUAAAACGUGCAAAAGAAGAAACAAAACUCAACUCCACAAAUCGUAAGUUAACACGUCUAGUCAGUGAAACGUAACAAACAAGAUAGGCAGAGAAGAUAAUAUACUCGUGCGCCACACGAGCAAUAAUUAGCGUUGAGUGUGUAUGGCCAAACAGAGGCCAUUUAAAUUAGUGCAUACGACGCUUCUGUAAAUUGCUGGAGAAGCAGUAACACAACCUCUAGUAGUGGUUAAUGUUUGCAGUGGUCAAACGCAUUUCAUUUCAUUUGUACUUAAUUAUCAUUUAUGUUUUACAUGCUGCUUACGAAAUGGUAGAAUAAUACUGCAAACGAUUUUAUUUAAAUAAGCGCAACGAGUGAGUGAACUGUACGUAUUUUCAACUAAUUUGUAGUGCAAAUGAAACCAACCAGCGAGCGAGACAGAGACAGAGAGAGAGAGAGAGCGAAGGGGGAAAUUAAUGAAGCAAAAGAAUGAAUAAAGCCGUAAUAAAGU